CACGGGUUGCGGGAUAAAAGCCGCGCCUGGCGCUUGUUGGCAUCAUCGUCGUCGACAUGGCCUUCCUCUGGAUCGUCUCCUGCCUCGCCUUCGUCAGCGCCGCCUACGGCUGCGGAACCCCGGCCAUCACUCCCCAGGUGACCGGGUACGCCCGCAUCGUCAACGGUGAGGAGGCUGUUCCUCACUCCUGGCCCUGGCAGGUGUCCCUGCAGCAAACCAACGGCUUCCACUUCUGCGGUGGCUCUCUGAUCAACGAGAACUGGGUUGUGACCGCCGCCCACUGCAACGUCAGGACCUACCACAACGUGAUCGUCGGAGAGCACGAUAAGGGCUACGGCACCCAGGAGGCCACUCAGGUCAUCAAGCCCGCCAAGGUCUUCACCCACCCCAACUGGAACCCCCGUACCAUCAACAAUGACAUCAGCCUCAUCAAGCUGUCCACCCCGGCCCGCCUGAGCACCAAUGUGUCGCCCGUCUGCCUGGCUGAGAUCAGCGACAACUUCCCUGCUGGCAUGACCUGCGUGACCUCCGGAUGGGGCCUGACCCGCUACAACGCCCCCAGCACCCCCAACAAGCUGCAGCAGGCCGCUCUGCCCCUGCUGUCCAACGAGCAGUGCAAGAGACACUGGGGCAGCAACAUCUCCGACGUCAUGAUCUGCGCCGGUGGAGCCGGAGCCACUUCCUGCAUGGGAGACUCUGGUGGCCCCCUGGUCUGCCAGAAGGAUGGUGCCUGGACCCUGGUCGGAAUCGUGUCCUGGGGAAGCAGCAGAUGCUCCACCUCCACUCCCGCCGUCUACGCCCGCGUGACCGAGCUGCGCGCCUGGGCCGACCAGAUCCUCGCCUCCAACUAAGAAGGCCAAGUGCUGUCUGGCACGGUGCAUCUACAUCAUCCAGAUGAAUCUCAAUAAAGUUCUAAAACUUUAA